AUGCUGCUCUACCCUUCGUUCCACCGUACAAUUCGGCGGGCAAACGAGACCGACACCAGCCUUGACUGGCGCUGUCCGGGCCGCCGAGCCACCGUUAUCUAUCGCCGCGGCAGCGUCCUCUACCUUAACACGAGUCACCUGGUGAGCUACUACGGCAGCGCCGCUGCGAAGGAUGUGGUUUGUACCUACCACGAGAAAAAGAAGGUGGUGACAAGAAAGCGCCGAAUUCGAGGCGAACGACCCGUGAAUGUCCUCGUUCUGGGAAUAGACUCGACGUCACGGCUUAACUUUGACUGCCACAUGAAACGGACGCGCAAGCUCCUAACCGAGGAGCUCUUCGCUUUUGAGUUCCUCGGCUACAAUAAGGUGGGUGAGAGCUCCUUCGGCAACCAGAUUCCGCUGCUCACGGGACUUGCAGGUGAUGACGUGGAAGGGCUCUUUCGCAACUUGACCAUCGACAAGCUGCCACAUCUGUGGAGCAUAUACAAGAAGCGUGGGUACGCAACGCUGUUUUUAGAUGAAAUGCCGAGCUUCGGUUUAUUUGUGUACCGUGACUACCAGGGUUUCCGCGAACCGCCUACCGUCUACUACCCUGUGCUUGUAAUGCAUGCAAUGGAAGUUCAUAAAGGACUCGACUACUUCGGCGCCGGCUCGCGUCUUAAGACGAAGCUGAAUGCCGCGAACCGCAAUCCGUUGUUCUUGUACGUGUGGCUCUCAGACGUACCGCACAGCAAUUCCCAUGCGUUGCUCGUAUUGGAGGGUCCUUUACACGGGCUGCUGAGAAACAUGCAAGAGCGCCUUCUUUUCGACGACACCGUAGUCAUUCUGCUCAGUGACCAUGGUGCCCGCUUCGGCACGGCCCGCGCUUCCGAGACCGGACGCCACGAGGACAAGAACCCGUUCGGACUCAUAGUGUUGCCUCAGAGAUUACUACGCAGAUAUCCCACAGUGGCGGUGAAUCUUGAG